CAUAAAUCUAACCGUUACAAUACAACUUCUUUUUUAAUUUAUUGUGAUCUAUUGUCAUUUAAACAACAUCUACAAGGAUGUCUCAAAAAAAUCAAUUUGCUUUUCGGACAACCAAGGCUAUUGGGCUCGUGAAUACUAGCGAAAACUUCACUAAGCCAGCUGAAUUUGAAGAAGUUGAUGAAAUCGUGCGUGUUUCUUGCUAUAGUCCCAACGGAAAAUACUUUGCAUACGCUAGCCCAAAUAAUGUCGUUAUCAUUGAUGCCGGAUCUGGAAAAACAUUGACAAUUUUACCAGUAACUAAUGUUUACGAGCUAGGAUUUUCACCUCUCGGAAACUUCUUAGGUACAUGGGAGCGUCCUGGCAAGGAAGCUGAUGGAAAUCCCAAGCAAAAUAUGAAGAUUUGGAAUACUGACAGUGGCGAUUUGAUUUUCAGCUUCGUCCAACGUAACCAAACUGGAUGGAAUUUACAGUACACCGUCGAUGAAAAGCUUGCUGCUCGUUUAGUGACCAACGAAAUUCAUUUCUAUGAUACUGCCAACUUAGGAAAACCCCCAGUUUUCAAGUUACGCGUGGAGGGAAUGAGCGACUUUGCUUUAUCCCCCGGACGCAAUCACGUCGUUGCCGUGUUUGUCCCAGAGAGAAAGGGCGCACCAGCAUCUGUUCGUACGUACAGCAUCCCCAACUUUACCAGACCUGUUUCUCAGAAGACAUUCUUUAAGGCCGACAAGGUUCAGUUCAAAUGGAAUGCUUUAGGUACUUCUUUACUGGUUUUGACCCAGACCGAUGUCGACAAGUCAAACAAGAAUUAUUAUGGUGAGACGAAUUUAUACUUACUGGGAAUUACUGGUCAAUUUGAUUGCCGUGUUGAUUUGGAUCGUGAAGGACCAAUCCAUGAUGUCGCCUGGAACUCAAAUUCCAAGGAGUUUGGUAUUGUCUAUGGUUAUAUGCCUGCAAAAACUUCAAUUUAUGACAGUCGUGCCAAUGUUAUUCAUACUUUGCCUCUUGCCCCCCGUAACACACUUUUGUUUUCACCAAAUUCAAGGUACAUUAUGUUGGCUGGUUUUGGAAAUCUCCAAGGUAGCAUCGAUAUUUUCGACCGCCUCAAUCAAAUGAAAAAGAUAACAACCGUGGAAGCUGCUAAUAGUACUUUUUGCGAAUUCAGUCCCGAUAGCCAAUUUUUAUUGACGGCUGUAACUUCUCCCAGACUUCGUGUUGAUAACAGUAUUAAAAUUUGGCACAUCACAGGAGCACCCAUGUUUUAUGAAGAAUUUGUAGAACUUUACCAGGCACUCUGGAGGCCUAGCCUUGUAAACGUUGCUUUAGUGGAUGAUUCCCAAAACGUUUCUAACUUACCUACUGCUCCAAAAGCCCACGAAUCUGCAAGUAAGCUCUCUUCUAAGCCUACCGCCAAGCCCACAGGUGCUUAUCGCCCCCCUGGUGCCAGAGGCCAAGCUUCUACAUUUUCCUAUAAACGUGAAGAGCUCGAUGUCUUAAGCAGUAAUAGCGCUUCGAAAUUACAAGCCACUCCUCGUCAACGUAUCGUUCCAGGUGCUGCUCCAGUUACCGAAAAGAACAACAAGAAGAAUAAGUCUAAUAGCAGCCAGAAGGCUGCACCUCAACAACCUCCUGCUGAAGUGAGUGACGAGAAAAAGAUCCGUUCCCUCUGCAAAAAGUUACGUGCAAUUGAUGAUCUCAAGGCACGUUUGGAUAAGAAUGAAAAGUUGGAGGCUACUCAAGUUAAGAAAGUAGAAUCCGAAGGAAAGGUUUUAGAAGAACUGAAAGCACUUGGUUGGAACCCUAAUGCUUAAGUGAAUUAGAGCAGCUUUUCAUUUUUCAGGAAAAAAGUAGAUGUUUAGAACUGUUACCUUUUUUUUUAAAACCAAGCCUUUAAUUGUUGCUUCUCUAAGAGAAGUUAGAAAUAAUUGUCAUAGGCGACGAAGUAUUUGAUAUGCGAUUGAUUCAAAAUGGAUAUGGGAUUGGGCUCUUUUAGGGCUUUUUUAUUAUGUGUAUUUACCUAAAUACCAACUAUGCUGCAAUUGCGAUAAUGCCGUUAGUUUGCUUUUUUCCUUUUUGGUUUCCACCUGAUAUAUACGCCUAUAUGUUAUGAUAUUUUCAGUUUUAUUCUAUGGAAAUUGGAGUAGUUCUCACUUUUGACAUUUCUUUCUCCAUGAUUUUUUUCUUAUUUUCACUCAUUAUAUCCUUUUCCUUUGGAAGGUAACCGUCUUUUAUGUAAAAAAAUUGUUAUAAUUGAAUCACUAACGAGCUUGUCAAUAUCGGCCAGUCAUAGCAAAAAGGAAUAAAUAAAAUAUACUCCCUUAUUUUUCA